CCGGCCUCCUCAAGUGCUGGGAUUACAGGCGUGAGCCACCGCGCCCGGCUGUUCAAUUUUCAAUAGCGUUGCAGCGACUGGCAACACUCCUAAGCCGUCUCCAGCGAGCCUCCGAUCCGCAGCUUCCAGACGAGGGACCGGAGACGCCCGAGGUUCCGCAGGGCGCUGAAGGCCGGGAGCUGGUCAUCCUGUCCCCGCCUUCAGGAUGCGCACGUGGGCCGCCAGGUGGGGGGCCUUCAGGAGACACUCGAAGAGCAGAGGAACAUCACGUUUGAUAUCACAAACCGUUACAGACAAACCUUGUACCUUUAAGCACACGCACAGUGAAGGGAACGUCUCCGCGGCUCGCCACGUUCCGGGAGGCGCCGACUCCAGCUCCCCGCGCAGCCGCUGGCGCGAGGCUUCCUGGGAGUAGGGUUCCCUGCGUUCCACGGAACCACAGAGGAGGGCGCGCUCCGGCUCGCGGAACUACAGAGGGCGGCGCGCCGGCCGCGCGCCUCCGCCUCGCCGGCCCUCCCCGCCUGCGCGCCUGCUCAGGUAUCAUGGCGGCUCCCUUGGCCCUGGUGCUGGCGGUGGCCGUGACCGUGCGAGCGGCUUUGUUCCGCUCCAGUCUGGCCGAUUUCGUUUCUGAGCGGGUGGAGGUGGUGUCCCCACUGAGCUCUUGGAAGAGAGUGGUUGAAGGCCUUUCCCUGUUGGAUUUGGGAGUGUCUCCAUAUUCUGGAGCAGUAUUUCAUGAAACUCCAUUAAUAAUAUACCUCUUUCAUUUCCUAACUGACUAUGCUGAAUUGGUAUUUAUGAUAACUGAUGCACUCACUGCUAUUGCCCUGUAUUUUGCAAUCCAGGACUUCAAUAAAGUUGUGUUUAAAAAGCAGAAACUUCUCCUAGAACUGGACCAGUAUGCCCCAGAUGUGGCUGAACUCAUCCGAACUCCUAUCGAAAUGCGUUACAUCCCCUUGAAAGUGGCCCUGUUCUAUCUCUUAAAUCCCUACACGAUUUUGUCUUGUGUUGCCAAGUCUACCUGCGCCAUCAACAACACCCUCAUUGCUUUCUUCAUUCUGACUACAAUAAAAGGCAGUGCUUUCCUCAGUGCUAUCUUUCUUGCCUUAGCAACAUACCAGUCUCUGUACCCACUCACCUUGUUUGUCCCAGGACUCCUCUAUCUCCUCCAGCGGCAGUACAUACCCGUGAAAAUGAAGAGUAAAGCCUUUUGGAUCUUCUCCUGGGAAUAUGCCAUGAUGUAUGUGGGAAGCCUGGUGGUCAUCGUUUGCCUCUCCUUUUUUCUUCUCAGCUCCUGGGACUUCAUCCCCGCAGUCUAUGGCUUUAUACUUUCUGUUCCAGAUCUCACUCCAAACAUUGGUCUUUUCUGGUACUUCUUUGCAGAGAUGUUUGAGCACUUCAGCCUCUUCUUUGUGUGCGUGUUUCAGAUCAACAUCUUCUUCUACACCAUCCCCUUAGCCAUAAAGCUAAAGGAGCACCCUAUCUUCUUCAUGUUCAUCCAGAUUGCUAUCAUCGCCAUCUUUAAGUCCUACCCGACGGUGGGUGAUGUGGCUCUCUACAUGGCCUUCUUCCCUGUGUGGAACCAUCUCUACAGAUUCCUGAGAAACAUCUUUGUCCUCACCUGCAUCAUUAUCGUCUGCUCCCUGCUCUUCCCUGUCUUGUGGCACCUCUGGAUUUAUGCAGGAAGUGCCAACUCUAAUUUCUUUUAUGCCAUCACACUGACCUUCAACGUUGGGCAGAUCCUGCUCAUCUCCGACUACUUCUAUGCCUUCCUGCGGCGGGAGUACUACCUCACACACGGUCUCCACUUGCCCACCAAGGACGGCACGGAGGCCAUGCUUGUACUCAAGUAGGCCUGGCUGGCACAGGGCUGCACGGACCUCAGGGGGCGGAAGGGCCAGAAGCUGGGCCAAGCCCUCUCUCCAGAGUCGCCAGCAGGCAAGUCCUCAGGCAGAAGAGGCUUGAGUUCAGGGUGAUGAAUCUCUGACACCAAAGGGACCCGUGGCUGACAGCAAGGCCUACGGUGGGCUGGGAGCACCCACGUGGACCCUCACUUUGAGGCUCUGCACACCCAGGAGCCCCUCCCAGGCGGGAAGGGGCAGCAGGACGUGGGCAGGGCUUGUUAGGUUGUGGCUACUCAAUAAACAUUGUUUGUUGUAAAGAAGCCU